CCUUCUCCACUUCUCCCUUUGAAGGUGACCUCUGAGAAGGAUGUGCAAACAGCUCUGGCUCUAGCAAAAGAAAAGUUUGGCCGUGUGGAUGUAGCUGUCAACUGUGCAGGCAUCGCGGUGGCUAUCAAGACAUACAACUUAAAGAAGAGCCAGGCCCAUACCUUGGAAGACUUCCAGCGAGUUCUUAAUGUGAAUCUCAUGGGCACCUUCAAUGUGAUCCGCCUGGUGGCUGGUGAGAUGGGCCAGAAUGAACCAGACCAGGGAGGCCAACGUGGGGUCAUCAUCAACACCGCCAGUGUGGCUGCCUUCGAGGGUCAGGUUGGACAAGCUGCGUACUCUGCUUCCAAGGGGGGAAUAGUGGGCAUGACACUGCCCAUUGCUCGGGAUCUGGCUCCCAUGGGCAUCCGGGUGAUGACCAUUGCUCCAGGUCUGUUUGGCACCCCACUGCUGACCAGCCUCCCAGAGAAAGUGCGCAACUUCUUGGCCAGCCAAGUGCCCUUCCCUAGCCGAUUGGGUGACCCUGCUGAGUAUGCUCACCUGGUACAGGCCAUCAUCGAGAACCCAUUCCUCAAUGGAGAGGUCAUCCGGCUGGAUGGGGCCAUUCGUAUGCAGCCUUGAAGGGAGAAGGCAGAGAAAACACACGCUACUCUACCCUUCCUUCCCCUGGGGUACUACUCUCCAGCUUGGGAGGAAGCCCAGUAGCCAUUUUGUAACUGCCUACCAGUCCUCCUCUGUGCCUAAUAAAGUCUCUCUUUCUCAUAGA